GGGCGGAGAAGUGGCGCCUGAAGCGAGGCCGGCACGGCCCAGAGUCGCGGUGCGAGUGGGAGGCGACGGCAGCUGGGCUGAGGUGCGAGGCGGAGCGCGCGGCGGCUGACUCGAGGAGCGGAUGUAAAUUAAAGGACAGCAGAAAAUGUCCACUGAACGGAAUUCUUGGACGAGUUUGUCCACUAUUCAGAAAAUAGCACUGGGCCUCGGGAUUCCAGCCAGUGUAGCGGUCGCCUAUAUCCUGUAUCGCAGAUAUAGGGAAAGCAGAGAAGAGCGGCUGACGUUCGUUGGGGAGGACGACAUCGAGAUAGAGAUGCGAGUGCCCCAGGAGGCUGUGAAGCUCAUCAUUGGCCGGCAGGGCGCCAAUAUUAAACAGCUGCGGAAACAAACCGGUGCUCGGAUUGACGUGGACACAGAGGAUGUAGGCGAUGAGCGGGUGCUGCUUAUCAGUGGUUUUCCUGUUCAGGUGUGCAAAGCCAAAGCAGCCAUCCAUCAGAUCCUGACAGAGAGUGCCCCAGUGUCUGAGCAGCUCUCAGUUCCCCAGAGAUCUGUGGGCAGAAUCAUAGGGAGAGGCGGCGAGACGAUCCGUUCUAUCUGUAAGGCCUCUGGAGCCAAAAUUACCUGUGACAAAGAAUCAGAAGGCACAUUACUACUCUCAAGACUUAUAAAAAUCUCAGGAACACAGAAGGAAGUGGCGGCAGCCAAGCAUUUGAUACUAGAGAAAGUUUCAGAAGAUGAAGAACUUCGGAAGAGAAUCGCUCAUGCUGCAGAAACCAGAGUCCCACGCAAGCAGCCAAUCAGUGUAAGAAGAGAAGAAGUGACAGAGCCGGGUGCAGCCGGAGAGCCAGCUUUCUGGAAAAGCUCUGGUGCCAGCCUAGAGCAGGCUGUACCACUGGCAGUUCCUCCCUGCAAAGGCGGUGGCGACAUGGCGGUUGUAGGGCCAGAAGAAGGUUCCUGGGAGAAGCCUGAUGGUGACAGCUUUCAGAAGUCUGGAGCCCAGACCAGUCCAGGGAUGUCCAUGUUUGAAAUCCCCAGUCCUGACUUCAGUUUCCAUGCUGACGAGUUCCUGGAAGUGUACGUGUCUGCCUCUGAACACCCUAACCACUUCUGGAUCCAAAUCAUCGGCUCCCGCAGCCUGCAGUUGGACAAGCUCGUCAGUGAGAUGACCCAGCACUAUGAGAACAGUCUGCCUGAAGACUUGACUGUGCAUGUAGGAGAUAUUGUAGCAGCACCUUUACCUACAAAUGGUUCCUGGUAUCGAGCCCGGGUCCUUGGCACCUUAGAGAAUGGGAACCUGGACCUCUAUUUUGUGGACUUUGGAGACAAUGGUGACUGCCCACUGAGGGACCUCAGGGCACUCAGGAGUGACUUCCUAAGCCUUCCAUUUCAAGCAAUAGAGUGUAGCCUGGCACGGAUUGUCCCCACAGGCGGGCAGUGGGAAGAGGAAGCCCUGGACGAGUUUGACAGGCUCACUCACUGUGCUGACUGGAAGCCCCUGGUGGCCAAGAUCUCUAGCUACGUGCAGACUGGGGCCUCAACUUGGCCCAAGAUCUACUUGUAUGAUACCAGCAACGGGAAGAAACUUGAUAUUGGGUUAGAAUUAGUUCGCAAGGGAUACGCGGUUGAGCUUCCUGAGGACGUGGAAGAGAAUAGAGCUGUGUCAGACAUGCUGCACGACGUGGUCACAGAAGCAGAUGUCUCUGAUGGCAGCGUGCUCACCGAGGCCAAGAAGAGCCCUGGGGAGAUAGCACAUAGCCUGUCCUGCCUCAGCCUGUCAGAAGCUGCCUCUCUGUCUGCUGAUGAUAACCUUGAAGACGAUUACUUAAUCUGAAGUCGGCUCCAGCUGCGUCCGUCUUCUGCUCUGCUGUGUGAGUGGAGCUGUCGCCUGUCUGUAGCAGCAGAAGUAAUGGCGGUGACAACGUGGGCCUCGCUGUGCUCUCUUCUCCAAGCCCAGCUCAAUGCCACGUCUCUGCAGCUGCUUUCCUGUAGCUUCAACUUGCUCUCUGAUUGAGCCCUUCCAAGCUUUUUGUGUCUUUGUGUUUUUGUCUUUGGCAGAUUUGGUGCCUGGAGAGAGGCGCCAGUGAGCAAGAGAUCUACACAGUCCUUCCUUUAUUCUUGCUGUGGUCCAAAUGCAUUUUCUCCCUCCGCUGGACUACCAGGAAGUGUGUGGGGUAGAGGGAGACACGUGUGCCCCACAUCACCUGCCACCCCCUCCUGGUGUUUGAAAGCGUUACAUCCACGCUGCUCAAUACCUGGACGUAAUACCUGUUCCCCUCUGCCAGUCUUGACGCACACUACUGCUAGGCUGCGUCCUUUGGGGGCCGGGAAACAGCCAGGGUUUGGUCACCGAAAGUGAUGGUUCUGCAGACCUUGACUCACCUCAGCAGGUGAGAGAAGUUUUCGUGUGAACUCGCAGGCUGCAGUUGAGUCAGGAGGCAGAGGCGCAGAGCAGUCUGUUUAUGUUAAGCCUCCCGGCCUCCACUGCUGCUGUUACUGGAGACAGGUUUUUUGAGGUGUUGCUCCAGCUAUGUCCCUGUACACGUUAAAAUACAAGGAGACAAGAAGAGAGGCCAAUCGGGAAAUACUCUCGGUUGCCAGUAUAGUGUCUAUAAUGUAUGUGCACCCACCCGGGCGGGGGUGGGGGG